AUGGCGGAAACGUCACGUGAGAGGGCGGGAGUCGGCGCGUUGGAUUAUCUAGGUUUCGCGUCAUGUAAGGAUCCGACGAAAUCCAAAAUUGACUUCAAGUCAAGGCAAUCAUUUCCACAAGGAUGCCUACUGCUUAACGAUUCCAUCAAUACCAAAGUCACAUUGGGCAUUUGCAAUGCCUUGAAGAAGACUUCAUUUGCCCUCGUCACUAUGUCUAUGGACGUUCCUCCAGAUCAGAAUACCGCGCCGGUCCUCGAAUUUCGAUGCCUCUAUUCAGCUGAUACCCGUCGAAAACAGAAGCGUUGGCAAGAUGGGCGACUCAAAUUUCAUACUUUCAACAAACGUGUCAUGGUGUUUGACGAAAAAGCGAAUCUAGUAGGAGAUGCACACUGGCGCGAAAAAGCUCCACUCGAUGAGGGAGCCGAGUUGGAGUUGGAAAGGAAUGGCAUAUUGGUCACAGUAACGGAAUUCAUAGAAAGGAGGGAUCAAGAUCUCACCGAGCUCAUCGAUAAACGAGUCAGAGAAAGGGAGGAGCGAUUUAUUGCAAGAAAUGGAGAUUCAUCGCCAGCACGAUCCGCAGCAUCUGUUAUUCGGUCGCAAACUAUUGCAGCAGCUCAUCUUAAGCCGAAGCCACUUAACUCUAUACUUGGCACACCUUAUGGUCAUUAUGGAAAGGCAUUUAUACCAAACACAUCUCCGUUCGAACAACGGCAGAUGCUGAAUGCUAGCCAUGCGAGUGAAAAUGACAGUCCCAGGCCUACAAAACGACGUAAGGCAAACGAAACUCAACCAAGUAAAAUUGGCUUUGCGCAGAAUCUUAUGGGGGCUACCUUGUCAUUCACGCCGACAUCAUCAAACACCGGGCCUAUAAGAUAUGAAUCCUUAAAGCUCAAGUCCAUACAGCGGUCCAAAAUUAAUGACAACAAAGAGAAUGGAGACAGAAACGAAGCCGUCCCAUCUAAUAGGAAGCAAAGCUUGGUAGUCGACAUGGCUAGAAACGCAGACACCUCUAAGAGUCGAACCCAAGCACGAAAGAGAGACAGGCCUGAAAAAGGUGGAUAUGCUAGCAACCUUACUGGCGCAUCUCUAUCACUCUCUUCUCUUCGCGGAGCUACAUCUGGAAAUAUGGCAAUGAAUUCAUCUGUGCAAAAGAACCAAUCAACAACUAUCGACUUGUCAGUGGAUCCUAGUUCUGAUGAAGAUGACCACUCGGCUCCAGUUCCCAAGCCUAGAGAAGCUGCUGGCAAGAAAAAUAAACGGCCAGUCGACUUAUCUGAGAAGAUUUCGCGAUCAUCAACUCUGCCAUCAGGAAUCACACUAGCACCUAAACCAGCAGCAAAAGAGACGAUUAAACGGCAGGAAUCUCAGAACAGAUCCUCACCACUGAAUCAGCUACCGGAAAGGCCCCAUUCAUCUCUGCGCAUCAGGUCCCGUCCACGAAAUAAGAUGUUGAUGUUUAUUGAUCAACCUAGCCCAAAAUCUUCUACAUCAAUAGAAAAUGGGACUAAUAGUCCAUUUAACUCAGAUUCUGUUAUUUUUUCAACUAAAACACAUUCUAGCUCCAAGGCUUAUUUGUUGACAACAGAACGAGAGACCGCCUCAGCUGCAGGGAAAUUAUCUUCACCUCCCAGAUCCUCGAUUAGUAAUGAUGCAAAUAACGAUUUGGUUAAUGAUCAUGGCAAUAAUGAGCCGCACAUUUCGGCGUCCCAGAAUGAUUUAAUCCUUAGUAAUUUCGAGGAGCCGUUCCCCUCUUCACCAGGCACUGGUAUCGAUCAUCAAACAAUAGAUGCAAUACUGUCUCGCAAUAAGUUGAUGGGCGCCCAAAACUCCAUACCCAAUGCUGCAUCAUCAUUGAUGGACCAGGGACAUUCGGUACACAACCAACAACGUCACUCGAGCAACAUAGGAGAUAGUUCCAGACGCCCUAGACUAGACUAUCUUUCAAGCUUUAGCGAUAAGAUUCCGCAGAGAGUUGAGGAUUAUGCGCAAGAUCAUGAAUAUCAAUUGCCUAAAUAUCUACCCAAAGCGUCAGGAACUACAGAGAAACGAAUUAGAAAUGCUGUUGACCCGAAGAAGGGCGCCGCGCUAGUUCCGGACUCAAAGACUACUGCCUUAGAGACUCGGGCAGAAUCUAAUGUGCUUCCUUCCCUUGCAGAAGGUGGUACGGCAGCAAUUUCUGAACCUACCUACAAACCUGACACCGAAUCUGUCACUACAUCAGACCCCACUGAAACGAUAACGCCAUGCGCCCUCCAACAGAACUCGGUAAUACCAAAAGCUACGCUGCAUCUUAAUAUUGCGGAUAACAGCAAACCCGAAAAUUUGGUACCAGAGACUGUGAUGAUUCCAAAAGCUGGAUUUGAGGAUGAAGAAAGUGCUGUUAGUAUCAUGCACGAGGCGGGCUCGGAGAUUAUCGAAUCGGAUAAAUUUUUGGUAGGCAUAGCAUCUAAUAGUUCUACUUUCGACACAGCUGAUCCCUCCAUGGCUAAAUUCAUGCCGGUGCCAAACCAGCAUCGACUGGAAACAGCCCCUAUCAAGACGACUUCUAGUCUCGUUCCCCAACCAUUGAAAUUGCCUCCACCGGCACCAUCUUCUAACAAUUUCGAGAUUAAGCAGUCAUCAAGCUCAAUUCUAGACUUUAUCCCUGCUGAGCAAAAACGAAGUGACGAGACCGGCGGGUUUGUGUCAGCAAAUCAAAUAAUAGAGAAAGAGGCACAAAGUCAUACUCACGGUCUUUCAAGGCCUAGAAUAAUCAACCCCGCAACUCGUGGAAUAUCAAUCCUGAAGGUUCCAGCUGUUAAUCAUACGGGCCCACCCGCGGUGAUCUCUCGAGGUGUUGGAAGCGGGGGAAACACUAUGAACAACACGCUAGGAAAUUUUGGAAGUGAAACAGGCAGUAAAGGGCCAUGGAGUAGAGAAUCAUUCGACUUGUUUGGAUCAUGGAGGCCUCCUGUACAACAGUCAUAA